AAAAAAAAAUGAGAGAAGACAUUAAAAACCAUUCUGAUUUGAUUGUUUCUUUACAAGAUGAAAAUAAUAAAAGCUUUGUCAAAACAUCAACCCAAUUUGAAAAGUUGCAAUCAAAGAACAGUGUGAUGUACAAGCUCCUACAACAAAGGUUGAUGCCGAUCGACAAACUCUUGCACAUCUUUAACCAGAACUUGGAAACUAGGGAAGAAAGAAUAAAGAAGCUUAGCGAACUUGAAAAUACUAUUUCAAAGUUGUCCAUCGAUUUCCAUCUUAUCGAGUCACGUGUAUGUAACAGAUAUGCUUGUUAUGUACAGCUUGCUAAUAACACACCUGUCAGUGCUGAAUCAAUUAUUUCAACAUUUAGUGAAGUACGUGAAUAUAACGGUCAACAUUUUAAUCGAACAACAGGAAAAUUUGUAUCGCCACAUGAUGGUUUAUAUCUCGUCAGUGUGACUCUAAAUGAAUGGGGAUUUAAACAGAUUAUAGUUGGUGUGUGGACUGGAGACAUGUGGUGUACUGCUAUACAAUUGCAAUGUGCCGCCUCUAGCGCUGCUGGGUCAGUGGUUGUUGACAUGAAGAAAGGUCAAGAACUUUACCUGAAAGUGUUUCAAGCAGAACAAGGCGCAAAAUUAUCCUUGAUAAGUAGUUUUACUAUCGUUAGUUUAUAGAAGUACAACACAAAACAUGGUGUAUGGUAAAUUCUCAAAACAAUAAAAUAUGUAACCAACAUAGUAAACACAUGCUAACAACUUAUUAUGAAUGUACACUACUUGUUUACAUAAACUACAAUGGUUUAUAUGUUAUUUGUUUAGUUAUUAUUACACAGUUCAUUCUAAUUUAUUGCCAUCAUCAUCUUCUCUGUAUGUGAGCGCUAGGUGUAUGAUUAAAAAAAAUCUGUUAAUUUGCAUUUCUACAUUUUAUGUGUUAUAGAUGAACGUAUUGUUCUUGUUGAAUAUGUAAUUAAAAUCUAGAACUUUGACACAAUAAAAUAAACUAUUUAAAAAACGAAGGCUUGAAUACGUUUACUAGAGAAAAUAAAUAUUUAUCAUAAGUAUUAAAAAAGCUAGUCCAAAUUUUGAAUUCGUCAAGAAAAAAAAUGUUUUUUCUAUAGGCCUACUGGAAGUAACUGUUAUUGUGAUCAUUACAUUCCUUCAAUUAAAAAAGUCUUCAAUUUUUCUACAUUAAAAACCCUUAUUUUUUAUUAACUAUCGUUGUAUCAGUAAAUUAACACACAACCCAUAUAAAUAUUUAUAUAUAUAUAUAUCUUAAGAAUGUUAUAUAUAUAUAUAGUUUUGUUAGCUUGUUUUCCAACUCCCAUCUAUUUACUUUAUAAUCAACAAACGAUAGGGCAAGGUUAUAUCGGAUGAUUUAUCUUGAAUAUUUUUAUAUGUCAAUACACAUAUAACAGGUUAUGUACAUGUAGUCCGUGAUACAUUGAGAUGGAUUACACCAUACAGUGGCAGUAUAAAUAGCGAUGUUUUUAAACAGACUAUGAAACAAACAUCGCCGACAUUUUUUUUUAAAUUCCCGCAUUCGCUGACAAAAUUAACUUAAAGCGCUAAAUGAGGUCUAUUUUAUAAAUUCGAUCUUUAGUAGAUAUUUUCAUUUUUAAUUAAUAACAUAGCAGAAACAUU